CUUCUCGAAUCGCUUCGUCUUCUCUUGGAGCUUCCUCCGUUGAUUAAUCCUCUCCUGGGGGAAAAAAAUUCGAAAAACCCUAGCUCUUCCUUCUUCUUGCUUCUCGCAGCUUUAUCACCUUUCGAAUUGUUAAAAGAGAGAAACUUUUCAAUCUGGGUCUCUCUCUUUCCCAAGUUUGGAUGUGGGUUUAUUGAAAUCUAGGGUUUUUCUUCGAAUUGGUUGUUGAUAAGAGAAUGAGUGCAAUUAACAUCACCAACGUCGCUGUCUUCGAUAAUCCUGCUCCUUUUGUUAGCCCAUUUCAGUUCGAGAUUUCUUACGAGUGUUUGAAUUCUCUCAAUGACGAUUUGGAAUGGAAACUUAUCUAUGUAGGCUCAGCAGAAGAUGAGAGUUAUGAUCAACUUCUUGAGAGUGUGCUUGUAGGGCCUGUUAAUGUUGGAAACUACCGCUUUGUAUUGCAGGCUGAUCCUCCGGAUCCAUCAAAGAUUCGAGAGGAAGACAUCAUUGGUGUCACUGUGCUAUUGUUGACAUGUUCUUACAUGGGUCAAGAGUUCUUUAGAGUUGGAUAUUACGUGAACAAUGACUACGAGGAUGAGCAACUCAAGGAAGAGCCACCAACUAAGGUUAUGAUCGAUAAAGUCCAGAGGAACAUACUUUCCGACAAACCGAGAGUUACUAAAUUCCCUAUAAAUUUUCAUCCAGAAGAAGAGGAGACUGCUGCUCCUCGUUUCGAAACAUCUGAUGAACAACAACCUAAUGUCAAUGGUGAAGCUCAGGUUUUGCCUGAUCAGCCAGCAAAUCCAGAACACCAAGAAUCAUGAUUCUUCCUUAACCCAAGUCUAGUUGAAAAAAAGUGGAUCAGAACUAAUGUCUCCAAAAGAUGUUGCAUUUUUGUUUUUCUCUAUCUCAAAAGCAAGACCUCCAGUUUGUUGUACUUGUUUGUGGAUUUAGAAGCUUUAGGGAAGUGAUUGUGGACAUGCUUUCUUUUUUGGUCAAAGAUUUAAUCGUAGCAUAGCCAACAUUAAGUUUCAAGGUAACAAAGACUGUCCAUUUUAA